GCCCGCUCCCACCUCUCACCCUGGCUGAGAGUAGCUGCCGUUUCUGAGAGGACGAUUCGUAAGGAGGGCCCUGGCGCGGUUUCCCUUUGCUCUCCCCUCUGCGGGCCUUGGCCGGACUUCAGCGGUGUCUAGAGCGUGACCCCUUCCCGUCUACCUGCCUGACUUUCUGCAGAGGUACCUGUGGUUGGCCUAGUAGUUGGCUGUCGAAAGUGCCGGCCCCCGCGCCGGCGCCGGCUGCAGCCGGGUGGGAAGGUUCAAGAUGGCGUGCCUGUUGGAGACCCCAAUCCGCAUGAGCGUCCUCUCGGAAGUAACAGCUAGCAGUCGCCACUAUGUUGACAGGCUAUUUGACCCUGAUCCCCAGAAAGUUCUACAAGGUGUCAUAGACAUGAAAAAUGCUGUAAUUGGAAACAACAAGCAGAAAGCCAACCUCAUUGUUUUAGGAGCUGUUCCAAGGUUAUUGUACUUGCUUCAGCAAGAAACCUCAAGCACAGAGUUGAAAACUGAAUGUGCAGUGGUAUUGGGAAGUCUUGCUAUGGGUACUGAAAACAAUGUCAAGUCUCUUCUAGAUUGCCAUAUUAUCCCUGCCUUACUGCAAGGACUACUGUCCCCGGACCUAAAGUUCAUUGAAGCUUGCCUCCGAUGCCUGCGCACCAUCUUUACCAGUCCCGUCACUCCAGAGGAACUACUGUAUACAGAUGCUACGGUGAUACCGCACCUCAUGGCGCUGCUUAGCAGGUCCCGCUACACCCAGGAGUACAUCUGUCAGAUCUUCUCCCACUGCUGUAAAGGUCCAGAUCAUCAAACAGUUUUAUUUAACCAUGGUGCAGUUCAGAAUAUUGCUCACCUACUAACCUCAGUAUCUUAUAAAGUUCGAAUGCAAGCACUGAAAUGCUUCUCAGUUUUAGCUUUUGAAAAUCCCCAGGUAUCGAUGACUCUGGUAAAUGUUUUGGUUGAUGGAGAAUUGUUACCACAAAUUUUUGUGAAGAUGUUACAGAGGGAUAAGCCUAUUGAGAUGCAGCUCACAUCAGCAAAAUGUUUAACUUACAUGUGUAGAGCUGGAGCAAUUCGGACAGAUGACAACUGUAUUGUACUAAAGACAUUGCCUUGUUUGGUUCGAAUGUGCAGUAAAGAGAGAUUACUAGAGGAGAGAGUUGAAGGAGCUGAGACACUCGCCUAUCUGAUUGAACCAGAUGUUGAGCUGCAGAGAAUCGCAAGCAUUACUGAUCACCUCAUUGCCAUGCUUGCUGAUUAUUUCAAGUAUCCCAGCUCAGUGAGUGCCAUCACUGAUAUUAAAAGGCUUGAUCAUGACUUAAAGCAUGCUCACGAACUUCGCCAGGCUGCAUUCAAGCUCUAUGCCUCUCUCGGAGCAAACGAUGAAGACAUCCGGAAGAAGAUCAUUGAGACUGAAAAUAUGAUGGACCGAAUUGUGACUGGCUUGUCUGAGUCUAGUGUCAAGGUGCGGUUAGCUGCCGUCAGAUGUUUGCACAGUUUAUCUAGAUCUGUGCAGCAGCUUCGAACCAGUUUCCAGGAUCACGCCGUGUGGAAACCUUUGAUGAAGGUUUUACAAAAUGCACCAGAUGAAAUCCUAGUAGUAGCGUCUUCCAUGCUAUGUAAUCUUCUUCUUGAAUUUUCUCCAAGCAAAGAGCCAAUUUUAGAAUCAGGAGCUGUAGAGCUACUUUGUGGAUUAACCCAAAGUGAAAACCCCGCUUUACGAGUGAAUGGAAUUUGGGCUUUAAUGAAUAUGGCAUUUCAGGCUGAACAAAAAAUAAAAGCAGAUAUUUUACGAAGCUUGAGUACUGAGCAGCUAUUCCGGUUAUUAUCAGAUUCAGAUUUGAAUGUGCUGAUGAAGACGUUGGGACUUCUUAGAAAUCUCCUCUCCACUCGCCCUCACAUAGAUAAAAUAAUGAGUACUCACGGAAAGCAAAUUAUGCAAGCCGUCACCCUUAUUUUGGAAGGGGAGCAUAACAUUGAGGUCAAAGAGCAGACACUGUGCAUCCUGGCCAACAUAGCAGAUGGGACAACGGCAAAAGAGCUUAUCAUGACCAACGAUGACAUCCUGCAGAAAAUCAAGUACUACAUGGGUCAUUCACAUGUCAAAUUGCAGCUUGCCGCUAUGUUUUGUAUAUCAAACCUCAUAUGGAAUGACGAGGAAGGUUCACAAGAACGCCAGGAUAAAUUACGAGACAUGGGCAUUGUGGAUAUUCUACACAAACUGAGUCAGUCACCAGAUUCAAACCUUUGUGACAAGGCAAAGAUGGCACUGCAGCAGUACCUGGCGUGAGGGGAGCGCCCUGGGCACCUGCAAGCAUCCCACAUCCUUGUUAAAGGAAGUACAGGAACUAGCCUCAUUUGAUUCCUUCUAUUUGCACAAGUCACCUUGGACUGCAGGGAGCUGUUUUGCAAAAGCAAUUUGGUAGGCUUAGAUCUCAAAUUCAUCUUGAGGACUUUUUUUUUUUUUUUUUUGAGGUAGUAAUUUCCUCAGAGGACUAUUGUGUUUUGUUUUGUUUCUUUCUGAGCUACCUGGACUCUAUUAGAACAAUCAAUUAUUUUCCAUUGGACCUACAAUUUUUUGCCUAUGCUGCAGCCACUUUGUGAGUGAGAAUGGAUGUGUGUCUGCGCACACAGGUGUGUGUGUAUGUGUGUGUGUGUGCGUGCGUGCACGAGGGACAGAGUGAAUGGGUGCGUGUGUCUGUGAGGGAUACCUCAAAGUUUUCUUUCCUUAUUUUGUGUGAAAAUCUCUUUUCUACAGAUUUUCCAGGGUUUAAGCAUUGCUUGCUGUAUAAAAAACUUUACUGAAUUAUAUACAGUUUGAAUGAAAUGUUAUUUUAAAAACAAAACAAUUGUUAAGUGUUCCAUAAAGGUUAUGUUGAAUUUUGGUCAGAUGAAUAUUUGUAAGUAAAAAAUAUAUGCAUUUCUGAACCUCAACUUACAUAGAUUUUCUUUAUAAAAAAAAACAAAACAAAACAAAACAAAAAACCCAAAAAACAAAAAAAAAAAAAAAAAAAAGAAAAGGUUGGCUAUAGUUG